ACGUAUAUAGUGGAAACCCGCCUUUACUAUUUACUACCGAAUGAAAACUAUCGAGUGUAUUUUUCAAAAAAAUCGAUGGUUAAUAAUAUUUAUUCAAUCAAAAAAUCACUCGGUUGUUUUUUAAACUAUCGAAUGACAAUCGAUUGUGCAAACUAUUCGGUGGUGGCACGGACUUCAUGUUGAUAUUGAUGUUGAUCCUGGUGUCCACUACUAUCUCUCGUGGAAUAGUCUAUAUCUAUUUUGUCAUGCUCACUGCUCAGACUGGUGAAUAGUAGACAGUAAUAUACCGGAGUACUAAUUGCUAUAGUGAGUAUAGUGGUAAGUACUAGCAGAUGAUCCUAACAAUUAUAGUACUACCUACUUUAUAAUAUAAAUUAUAUGAAACUUGUUUUAAAUGUAAAGCACAGUACAUUUUCAUUCUUUUAAUAAGUACGUGAGAGUUUGUAUGUACUAUUGCCAUGGAAAAUCGUUGUUCUGUUUUGGGAUGUUUGAAUACUUCUGAUGAUGGAGUUCGAUUGCAUGAAUUCCCAUUUGAUGAUGAGAAGUUAUUGCCUAUUUGGAUAAUGGCGACAAAUCGUUCAAAUUGGUUACCAAUUGACAAAAGUAGGAUAUGUGACGACCACUUUGAGAUGGAUGAAUAUGAAGCUGGCAAUAGGGGCAAUAGGCUUAGACCAGAGGCUUGUCCCAUAAUCCAUACGACAAAUACAAUUCAUAAUGCCCCACAAUAUUACUCUGCCCUGGGCCCCGCAAAUUGUCAGGACAGCCCUGAGGAUAUUACACAUGGAAAGAUAUUGACAGAUUCUGAAGACAGUGAAUGUUCGUCUACAAGCGAUAUUAAUUCUGACGAUUUACUUGAUACACCAAAUACUAGUGAUAUGAAAUCCAGUGAUGAUGAUUCAACUCUAAGUACAUCAUCUUGUAGUAAUUUUAGUAAUUCGAAUGAAGCUACUGGAUUUGAUGAUGAUUUUCUAUCAUCACUUUCAGACACUGAAUUUGAACUUGAAAAUAUAGAUAUUGAAGAAUCAAUGAUAGAAGUAGACUCUGUCUCAUUGUCUUCAUCUGUAACAAGUUUUGUAAAUACAAACCAGCCUAUAAACCAAGAAUGUGCGGUUGUAUUAUGUAAUCAAAAUGCAAGAGACCAGUUUGAUACCUUAUUUUUCAUCAACUUUCCAAAGGAUAAUAAAGCACUUUGUGAAACUUGGUGGAAAAUUUGCGGACGCAAAGACAAAUUUGAUCCUUUGUUAAAAAUAUGCUCAAUUCAUUUUGAUCCUGAAGAUUUUACAUCUAUUACUAUACGACGAGACGGUCAACUUUUCAGACAAACUAUUUUGAAUAAUAAUAAUAUUGUACCAACACUUUAUCUACUGUCACAUGAGUAUACAAAGUUUGCAAGAAAACGAAAAAGAAGUGUGAAUGAUAAUUAUAGUAUAAAAAAUAAUACAACAGAAUUUGAAUACUGUAUUAUUCAAGGCUGUGACAAGACAUUUUUGAAAGAUGGAAAAAAGACAUUGUUUUUUAAAUUUCCAAUGCAAAACAAAAAUAUGCUUAAAAAAUGGGUAGAUAGUAUUGGAUUAACUAAUUGGCAGCCAACCGAUACAGAUCGAAUUUGCUCUGAUCAUUUUGAAAAUGAUGAUGUUUUAAUGACUAAUGAUAUUUAUGGUCUAAAUAAUGAUGCUGUCCCAUCAAUUAAGCCACAAAAUUCAUUUGUAAUAAGUUCUGAAGACAAUUAUGAUAGAAAACAUGCAUCCACAGUUAACAGCAGAUAUAUUGAUAUUAUUUUUAAUAAUUUAGAAUUUAAGCAUUUAGAAAAUAACACUUUGAUAGUUAAAGAUUUCACAAGGGAAAAAAUGAAUGAAAGUUUAUUGUUAAAUUCAUUGGAACGUGAUGUAGAUGACCAAGAUCCAGAAAAUCACCAACAAAUAUUUAAUGCAUGCGCGGUCCAAUCUAGUUCAACAAAAAUAAAUGGCAAUAAAGUGUUAACAGAUGGAUGUAAUCAGACUAAAUUAGUAUCCAAACCAGAUGAAAAGACCAUAUAUGAAAAUAAUUUGAAAAAUAUACAUACCGAUACUUCAAAUAUCACUACUAUAUCAAAAAAUAAAUCUAUUUCAAAAGUAGUUAAGAAAUCGCAUGAAGAAUCAAUUGAAAAAAAUAUUUCUGAAGAAAGAAAUAUGAUACCAAAAUCAAGAAAUAAUGGAAAUGACUGUGAUUAUAUAUACUUAGACAUGUUGGAUGGUGAUGAUGCUAAGAAUGUGUUGUCAUUUGAAAAAAAAAGUAUUUCAAAGAAUUCCAAAACAAAAAUUCUGGAACUAUUAGAAAAAAAUCAUACUGAUGGAAUUCCAGAAUCUAUAAUAUAUAAUCAAGACUUAACAGAAAGCUAUGGUGAAAUGCUUUCACCUUGUUGCGACCAGGACUGUCAAUUAAUAUGUUAUUAUUCUAUGCCUGGCCCCGACCGAAGACAAAUUUAUAAAGAAUUUCAGAUGUUGAAUGCGACUGAACAGAACUGUAAAAUAACUCAAUUAGUACAAUUGCGUAUCUCUAAAAAAAAAGAUAGCACUUUUGAAAGUUGUCCGACAUACCGUUUUAUUUGGAAUAAGGCGUCUGUAAAAGUCUGCCGAACUUUUUUUAUGAACACAUUAGGUAUUUCUGAUAACCGUCUUAAUGCUAUUCUGAAACCAAUAAAUUACAGUUGGUAUUCUGAUAGAGAUGUUGCAUUGAAAGCUAAUCAACCAAGACAAUUAAAUAUUAUUAAUGAGCCAGUUAUGACAGAUUUUAUGAAAGAAUCUUUAAUACCGUUGGACAAGGAUUACAAUUCAUAUGAACCUGAGAGUGACCCAGAAGUUAGUAUAGAAAAGGUGCCUUUUAAAGAAUAUGAAAACGUAUUCCUAUACAUGAAAGGUAUUCCUAGGGUUUUGAGUUCAUAUAAUAUUCCUGGAACGUUAAAAAAACAUUUCUUUGAAACUAGUAUUUGUUUGGAAUAUAUGUACAAAACAUAUUCUGAAAAUUUUAUUAGAAACAAGACUCCUCCACCAUUUACAAAACGUCAGUUUAAAAAAAUUUACAACCAGUACAUGAAGACAUUUUUAAAAAUGGUUUAAAUUUGUAUCUUGUUUUAUUGUGUAUAAAUGUAUAGAAUUAUGUUGAUGCUUUCAGAAACUAUCAUAAUUAAAAUAAUGAAUGUAGCAUACUAUAUAUAAUCCUAUUUUUGAAAAAUAAUUCUACUAUUUUUUUUAAUUAUUAUUAUUAUUUUUAUACUUAUUAUUUACUGUUUAGUAUGUUAAUAGAUCUCUUAUUGUCUAAUUUUUAAUGAAUAUUAAUCAUUGUGUAUACAUAAUAAACAUUUGAUGUAUAUGUAUUGUAUAAUUAUUAUUCAUUUAUUUGAUUAAGAGGAUAUUAUAACCCAUAUAUGUUGUCUCUGUCAUACUAAAGCAUAAUAUAAAAAUGUCAUCUUUAGAAUAAUCAAUUUCACUUUGUAAUUUUAGAUUCUGAGCGAAGCGAUGAAUAUAUUUAUUUUUUUAUA